AUGGACCUCAGAUCAGAUAAACCGUGUACGGCUGGAAGAAUAGCCCCAACCGGUCGUUUAACUCCGUCAAUUCAUCAAUCUGUCAAUGGAAAACGGAAAGUUAUUCCUGUACCUCCGCCGAGAAUACCAACUCCUAUGCCAAUUGUUAAUAAUAAUAAACAAAGAAACAGCAGCAAUGUUCAAAUUUCUCAAAUUCCGCCCGUACAGAAAAAAGAAUCACACGGUAAUAUUGGUAAAAUAGCCAGACGUUAUCUUGAUGAUAAUAUGCAACAAGUAUGGAUAAAUCCGCGAUUGAUCUCAAUGAUAAAUAUGGAAGCUGUUACAUCAACAGAUUACGAUUCAGCAAAUUUAAGCCAUAAUUUUAAUCAAAUUGGGUUCAGCACUUAUAAUUAUUCACAGUUUGAAGAAAAGUACAAGUCAACUCAGCAAAAUUCAACAAAGCUUGGAACAAUAAGUCAAACACUAUCAUCCCAGUCAAAUGAUUUCGUCAGCUAUUUAUACGACGAUAAAUAUCCUCGUAAUCAAUUAAAGUCAGAACGUGAUAGUAAUAAACAGCAUUCGUACUUAUUACCUCAUGAAGUAAAAUCAAAAUCACAAAAUUUACGUGGUGAUUUAACCUACUACCAAAUAGAUCCACCUGGUAAACACGAUACACGUCACAGCAAAUGUCAUCGAUCGGAUGAUAAAAAUAUUUCGUACGAAACACACGCCACAACAAUAGUCACUGAUGAUAAUAAUAAAAAAGAUGGUAAAGAUGAAAAUAACAAACGUGAUAAAAGUGGAAAGCACACUCACGUUAACAAAUCUGAUUCAAAGAUUAAUAAUGGAGCACUGUCAAUAAAUCAACAAUUUAUUAAAUCAACAACCAAUGAGUCAGAUGAUGAGUGUCAUCUCAGUCAUAUUGGACAAAUAUCAUCGAAUCAACAUCAUCAUCAACAACAACAAUUUCAAGUCUCAUACAAGUAUCGUCAAUUAGAUAGGCCGCCAAAAUACCAAGAAUAUCCUCCUCGGGAUUCAUUGAGGUGUGAACAACCUGCACCUAGAUACUAUCAAGAUCCUCCUAAAUAUUCCGAUGUUAUAAGAAGAGAUGACUUGAAAAAAAUUCCCGAAGAGAAGGGACGACGGCAAGUGGGGAUACGUAGCGGGAGUGUUGGCGAGACGCCUGUUAAUCUAGUCAGUAUCACGCCAACUACGCGAGAAGUAACACGUGGUGCCAUGACACGUCAUCGACAAACAAAUAAACAACAACAACAACAAAUAAUAGAUGACUCUAAUCAAGUAACAACUGAUAAUUCAAAAGAGCCAACCACUCAACAUAAUUUUACAGAGCAAACAACAGCACCACCGGGACUAACAACAAUAACAAAUAGUAGUAUGACAACUACUACUAUCACAAGCACCACCACUACCACCACCACCAGUAAAACCGAUCAAUCUUGUCGUAAUAAUUUUAACGGGGGUAUUAUCCUGGGUGUUAAUGUCAGUGGAUAUUAA